AGCAAGACAGGGGAACUGGGGUUUGUGAGCACUGUGGCUUCUGUUUCCUGUUUCAGCAAGGUUGCUGUGCAAAAUAAAGGCCGCACCAAGAAGGGAAACACUGAGGGGCCCACACCUCGGCCUGAGAACCCGCACUUUGCCCGGCUGCUGUAGUGCUCCUCCGAGACCAGAGCUGCAACCUGCCGCUGCUCGACUGAAGCGCUCUGUAGUCCAGCCUGGGACCUGGAGGGUUUCUCUAUGAAACUCAGCCUGCCCUUGAAUUCACUGUGUACUCCAGGCUGGUCACCUCUUGCCUCGGGCUCCUGAGUACUGCUAUUAUAGAUUCAGGCAGCUGUUCAAGGAGCUGGAAGCCAAGCGCAACAGGUGCUCGGGAGGGCAUCAUGAUCGGGCUGGACCCCAGGCGUGCCCUUGGCGCAACUGGGUGGGCUGAGAGCUACGAGGCCAAGUGUGAGCGGAGGCAGGAGACCCGGGAGAGCCGCCGCUGGCGUCCCAACGUGACCACUUGCCGCCAGGUGGGGAAGGCCCUGAGGACCCAGCAGAGAGAGCAGCUGCGCAGAGCUCGGCAACUGCAGUUCUUCAGGAGGAGGAACCUGGAGGUAGAGGAGAAAAGCCAGGCCCAGUGUCUCCAGGCCAAGAAGCAAGGCCACUCCAGGAGGGCAGGACAGACAGCUGUCUUCAAGGAGUCUUUGUCUUGUUCCAAGAGGAUCACUGCCCCUGAACAGCAGGUGACGGGGACCAGCUCCAAGGUCUUUCCAGUCCAGUGCCAUCCUCCCUCAAGUGUCCACAGGGAUCUGGCUGAGCACUAUUCAUCAAAAGCAGGGGCCCUUCUACCACGAGACUCUCCCAUCAAGAAGCCGCCCAAACGCCACUGUGGCACUCAGACAAAAGCAGAAGACACACAGCCAACAAUUAAGAAUGACGCCAGUCAACAAACCAAUUGUGGAGUUGCAGUUCUGGAUAAGGAAAUCAUUCAGCUUUCUGAGUACCUCAAAGAAGCCCUACAAAGGGAGCUGGUCCUAAAACAGAAAAUGCUGAUUCUCCAAGACCUAUUGUCUACCCUGAUUCGGGCCUCCGACAGCUCUUGGAAGGGCCAGCUGAAUGAAGACAAACUGAAGGGCAAACUGAGGUCCCUAGAAAACCAGCUCUAUACCUGUACCCAGAAAUACUCCCCUUGGGGAAUGAAAAAGGUGCUGCUGGAGAUGGAAGACCAGAAAAACAACUAUGAGCAGAAGGCCAAGGAGUCACUGCAGAAAGUGCUUGAGGAGAAAAUGGGCGCAGAGCAACAACUACAGAGCACACAGCGGUCCCUGGCCCUGGCAGAGCAGAAGUGUGAAGAGUGGAGGAGUCAGUAUGAGGCUCUGAAGGAGGACUGGAGGACGCUAGAGGCACAGCACAGAGAGCUAGAGAGCCAACUCCACGUGCUUCAGUCCAAACUACAGGGAGCAGACAGCAGAGAUGCACAAAUGAACCAGGCCCUGAGACUUUUGGAGAAUGAGCACCAAGAGCUGCAGGCCAAAAUUGAAUACCUGCAAAGGGAGCAAGACCUGUGCACCUCUGAUUCCCAGGACCUGCAAGAUCAACUAAAGAGGUCUGAGGAGGAGAAACUCGCCCUAGUGGCCACGGUACAGCAGCUGCAGAGUCUGCUUCAGAAACAAUCCUUACAGCUUCAAGAACAGGAAGAACUCUUAAAGAAAGAUCAGGCCUUCACUGUGUGGACUCCAAAGCCUCCCCAGCAAGUGGAGCUUGAGGGUACUGGGAAGGACAGAGACUGGGAUCUUAGAGACCAGCUGCAAAAGAAGACUUCACAGCUCGAGGCCAAGGAACAGGAGUGCACAGAGCUGCAUUCAGAGUUAGACAACCUCUGCGACGAGUACUUCUCCUGCCUGCAUAAGCUACAGCACUGUCGAGAAGAGCUGAACCAUAGCCUGCAACCACCUCCCAGAAGGCGAUGUGGCCAAUGGUUCCCAAUGCUGAUGGUGGUGAUUGCUACAGCACUGGCUGUAUUCCUGGCCAACAAAGACAGCCUGAUGAUAUGAAAAACUCAUGACAGCUGACUGGAGUAAAAACCAAAAAGCAAACAGUUAAACAAAAAACUCAAGUUUGGGUACUUCAUAGCUUGAGUUCUCCCUCCAACUAAACUACGAUUUCUGACUUAAUUUUUCAAGGUAUUAUAAAUAAAUUUCACAUCAUUGAACUGUA